AUGCGCGAAUACAAAAUCGUAGUACUUGGUAGUGGAGGCGUUGGAAAAUCAGCUCUGACAGUACAAUUUGUGCAAGGAAUUUUUGUUGAGAAAUAUGAUCCAACUAUUGAGGACAGUUAUAGAAAGCAAGUAGAGGUUGAUGGACAACAAUGCAUGCUAGAAAUUCUGGAUACAGCUGGCACGGAGCAAUUCACAGCAAUGCGUGACCUGUACAUGAAGAACGGACAAGGUUUCGUCCUAGUCUAUUCCAUCACUGCACAGUCAACCUUCAACGAUCUAAUGGAUCUUCGUGAUCAAAUCCUUCGAGUGAAGGAUACCGAUGAAGUACCAAUGAUUUUGGUUGGGAAUAAGUGCGAUCUCGAAGAUGAACGAGUCGUCGGUAAGGAUCAGGGAUUGAAUCUUGCUCGGCAAUUUGGCUCCGCCUACUUGGAAACAUCCGCCAAAGCUAAAAUUAAUGUCAGCGAGGUAUUCUACGACUUGAUUCGGCAAAUCAACCGCCGCUAUCCGGACACAAGCAAAAAGCAAGGAGAAUCGACAGAACAGUGCUGUCCUUGUUCUCUGAUGUGA